CGGAGCUCGGGGCGCGGCACAGCGGGGCCGCCGCAUGGCGCGGGCCGGGGACUGCGACCUGGGGGUCCCGGGGGGACGCUGGGCUCUGACGCUGCUCUGGCUGGCGGCGACAGCGGCGGCGGCGGCGGCGGAGGCCGAGCCCUCCCGGCCGCGGUGGCCGGUGCCCUACAAACGCUUUUCCUUCCGCCCAGAAGCAGACCCCUACUGUCAAGCUAAAUACACCUUCUGCCCCACUGGCUCUCCUAUUCCAGUCAUGAAGGAAGAUGAUACCAUCGAAGUGUUUCGCUUGCAGGCCCCUGUGUGGGAAUUUAAGUACGGAGGCCUCUUAGGACACUUGAAAAUCAUGCAUGAUGCCAUUGGAUUCAGGAGUAGGUCUACUGGCAAGAACUACACAAUGGAAUGGUACGAGCUCUUUCAGCUGGGAAACUGCACCUUCCCCCAUCUCCGGCCUGAAAUGAAUGCCCCUUUCUGGUGUAACCAAGGGGCUGCCUGUUUUUUUGAAGGAAUUGAUGAUAUUCACUGGAAGGAAAACGGGACAUUAGUGCUAGUAGCAACUAUAUCAGGAAACAUGUUCAAUGAAAUGGCAAAAUGGGUGAAAUGGGACAAUGAAACAGGGAUCUAUUAUGAGACGUGGACAGUACAGGCCAGCCCAGGAAAGGGGGCCGAGACAUGGUUUGAAUCCUACGACUGCUCAAAGUUUGUAUUAAGGACAUAUAAUAAAUUGGCUGAACUUGGAGCACAGUUCAAGAAGAUAGAAACCAAUUAUACAAGAAUAUUUCUUUAUAGUGGAGAACCUACUUACUUGGGAAAUGAAACAUCUGUUUUCGGACCAACAGGGAACAAAACUCUUGCUUUGGCCAUAAAAAAAUUUUAUUACCCCUUUAAACCACAUUUGUCAACUAAGGAGUUUCUGUUCAGUUUCUUGGAAAUUUUGGAUGAAGUGGUUAUACACAGACAGUUCUAUUUGUUUUAUAACUUUGAAUACUGGUUUUUACCUAUGAAGUUCCCUUUUAUUAAAAUAACAUAUGAAGAAAUUCCUUUACCUAGUAGAAACACAACCUUCCCCAGAUUAUAAGGCCUUAAUUCUAAUGCUAUUUUUCUCCAGUCACUAGCAUUUUGUUUUCCAGGGAGUAGUUUUACAUUUGUGAAUGUCUUAGGUCUUCUUUUUUGGGGCUGAAAGUAGCAUGCACAGCAGUCACUGUGUAGCUCAGGAUUCCUUCCUGGGAAAGAAGUGAAGCUUCUAGUUGAGUUAUUGUGUGAAACCUCCAAGCCCCUUCUUCUUUGAUUAAUUAUGGUUCAUAUCAGACACAGUAUCUGCAUCCAGUAUUCUAAAAUUGUGGAUAUGGGUAUAUUACAAGAUUUAAAAAACAACCUUCACUGAUUUUUAUGAUGAGAAAUUAUUUUCCUAUAAUAUAAAGCUGUUUAAGUUCUCUUUGGUAAUUUAGACCUUACAGCUUUUUAAUCUUUUGGCACCACUUCUAGGACUUUGAUUUCUUUACUAAACCUUAAAUUAUGGAGUAGUUGUAAAGAAAAAAAAAUGAAUGGGAAUCGUUGUGCUUCCAGAUUGCUAAAUAAAGUAUUAAAAGUUCUGGCAAGCCAUCAUAAAAGUAUCCUGUCACUGGGGCUGGAGCAAUAGCACAGCGGGUAGGGCGUUUGCCUUGCACGCGGCUGACCCGGGUUCAAAUCCCAGCAUCCCAUAUGGUCCCCUGAGCACUGCCAGGAGUAAUUCCUGAGUGCAAAGCCAGGAGUAACCCCUGAGCAUCGCCAGGUGUGACCCAAAAAGCAAAAAAAAAAAAAAAAAGUAUCCUGUCACUGGCAUUUUGUGAGUUAUACAACUUUUUUUUUUUUAAUCUCUGAGCCUUAGUUUUAUUGUUUUAAAAUUAUUCAUCUAUCAGAACUGUAAAGCUCAAAGCCCAGUGAGGCCACAAUAAAUGGUCACUGUAAUGUUGAAUCCAAGCAUUCACUGCCAUUCUUGAUCUUAAUGCAGUUUACAUGUCAGCCUUCCUCCAUUUACAUGUCAGCACCUAGACUUCGAGUUACCGGCAUAAUACUUUUGCAGUUCUUCAAACAUCUGGGGCAUGGUAGGAACUGACUGCUCACAAGCCUCGGUCAGGACUUAUUCCUUCACCGUUUCUUCUAUCCUUCUGCCCAGUAAGUUGCUAACUCAGUGGAAGAGGUUUCAGUUCCCAGAAAUAAAUUAGAUUUUGUCAAGGAAUACCCAGUAGCUGUCCCUCCACAAGGGCCACUGAGCAUGGUUUCACGUUUUUAUGUUUGAUGAGCUACUGAAGAUAUCUCCAUUCACAGAAACACCACCCACUGGUAAGAUGAUCUAGAGAGCUUAGAAAAUAAUUUGCUUAAUAUGUAGCACUGUAGCACUAUCAUCCUGUUGUUCAUCCAUUUGCUUGAGCAGGCAGCAGUAACGUCUCCAUUGUGAGACUUGUUGUUCCUGUUUUUGGCAUAUUGAAUACGCCAUAGGUAUCUUGCCAGGCUCUGCCGUGUGGGUGGGAUACUCUCUGUAGCUUGCCCGGUUUAAUAUGUAAAUAUACUAAUUGUGUUGUUCAAUUUGAUUCAAUUGAUUCCUGAGAGGUUAGUGCAUUAUCACUCAGAUCUCAUACAAAGCAUAAGCACAGACACUAUUUACCUGAUUGAAAAUGAAUAAAUUGGAGCAUAGCAAGGUUAAGUGACCGUUCCACAGGUAUCAGGCUGAAGUGGCAUUUUGAACCAGAUUCUGCUGACUGCAUAAAAAUAUACUCUCAAGCAAGUUUGAGUGUGAUACUCAAGUAUGGGCUUCAAAUCAGUGUUGUGUCAAGUCAGUGCUAUGUUACUCACACCAUAUGUUACUGUUCCAUGAGGAGCUAAAUUAUACUGCUUACAAACAUUUAAAAGCAAGUUGUUGGAGUGCUUUUGUUACUGUUGAAUCUAAUAAAAAAAAAAUGGGGGCUUGUAUUUUGUA